UCACUUUGUUUGACUUUUCAAAUAAAAACUCAAUGGAUUCUCCCUGAAAACUCCUCUAAUUGUUUCAAACUCAGACUAAAAGCAGAGACCCAUGAUUUGUUCUUCACCAAUGAUCAGAUUCCUCUUCCUCGCCACCGUCGCCGCCUUCUUCUUAGGCGGCGUCGUCGUUCCCAUACGAUGUCUGCAGUUCGACUUCCCACUUUUCACCGACGAAAGCCAGACGGAGCUUAUUCUUCAUAACAAUGCUCGAAUCUAUUUGAACGCUACUCAAGUUACGCCGGACGUCAGAGGAGAUCCCAUCACCAAUAAAUCCGGCAGGGCUGUUUACAAAGACCCAUUUCUGAUAAGACACAGAGGAAAGAUUGCAAGUUUCAAUACUACGUUCGAACUCAACAUCCUCCCACAGACUCACCCUGCCGGCGGCGAGGGAUUGGCUUUCAUUCUCGCUGCUGAUCAUUCCGUUCCCCUGGAUAGCUACGGUCAGUGGCUGGGGAUUGUUAAUGCUGCCACGAAUGGAACUCCAGAGGCCAGAAUUAUAGCGGUUGAGUUCGACACCAGAAAAAGUUAUCCGGAAGAUAUCGAUAGCAAUCAUGUGGGUUUGGAUUUAAACAGCGUUUUUUCGAUUGAACAAAAGCCCAUGGCGGAAUUUGGUGUAAAUAUUUCAUCUGGGAUAUCUUUCUUCUCCAUGAUUCAAUUCGACGGUUUCAAUAUCUCUGUUUUUGUUUCCAUGUCGAACAAAACAGAGGAUCUCUUGAAAAACCGUGUCAUUUUUCAGCCAUUAAAUCUCUCAAUUCUUCCAGAUGAAGUUUAUGUUGGAUUCUCAGCUUCCACAAGCAAUUUCACCCAGUUAAACUGUGUGAAAUCAUGGCAAUUCAGUGGAACAGAUAUCGGUAAUCACAAAAAGAAAAUCCAUCUCUGGAUUUGGCUGACAGUCGCCGGAAUUGGAGCUCUGUUAAUCAUCGGGGCUAUUGUUGCAAUCAUCUUCCAUAUCUGUACAAGAGACAGAAGAAUGAAUCAUCCAGAAGAAUCGUACGAAGGCCUAGAACAUCAGCUUCAAGAUUUCUCCAUAGCCCCACAAGCUAAAAAAUUUGAACUCAAAGAACUAAAGAAAGCCACAAACAAUUUCGACCCAAAGAACAGCCUUGGAAAAGGCGGAUUCGGAACAGUUUACAAAGGAAAUUUAAUGAACAGAGAAGUAGCAGUGAAGAGAAUUUCAAAAGAUUCACGUCAAGGAAAACAAGAAUUCAUAGCAGAAGUAGCAACAAUUGGCAGUCUUCAUCACAAGAACCUUGUGAAAUUAAUAGGAUGGUGUUAUGAAAAAAGAGAUCUUCUUCUUGUUUAUGAGUUCAUGCCAAAUGGUAGCUUAGACAAGCUAAUCUUCAACAACAAAAUCAAUGGAAUUCAAGUCAAUCCAAAUUGGGAAACAAGACACAACAUAAUCGUUGGAGUAGCUGAAGCAUUAGACUACCUACACAAUGGUUGUGAAAAAACAGUACUACAUAGAGACGUGAAGUCCUCAAACAUAAUGUUGGAUUCAAAAUUCGUAGCAAAGUUAGGAGAUUUCGGGUUAGCUAGAACGAUGCGACGAACUGAACAAACCCAUCAUUCAACAAAGGAGAUAGCAGGGACACCGGGGUAUAUGGCACCAGAAAUCUUCCUAACAAGUAGAGCAACAGCAGAAACAGAUGUAUACGCAUAUGGGGUAUUGGUAUUGGAGGUAAUAUGUGGGAGAAAGCCAGGGAAUCCAUUGGAUUUAGGGAGUUAUGAAGGGAGUAUAGCACAUUGGGUAUGGGAGUUUCAUAAAGAAGAGAGGCUUGUUGAAGCUGUUGAUGAGAGUAUCGAAGGGCAAUUUGUUAAGGAAGAGAUAGAAUAUUUGCUUAUAUUGGGAUUGAGUUGUUGCCAUCCAAAUCCACUUGCAAGGCCAAGUAUGAGGACUGUUUUGGCAGUGCUUAAAGGAGAAGCAAAUCCACCGAUUUUGCCUAAUGAAAGACCUUCAUUUGUUUGGCCUCCAAUGCCACCAUCUUUCAAAGAAGAUACUUCUGAUAGCUCUCUUAAAGAUACUCACCUCGUUCCAUUCACAGAACUCUCUGGAAGAUGAAGUGGAAGCUAUGUUUUUGUUUGUUUGUUUUUUUCCAUGAAAUGGUGUAAUGUAUUUUUGAUUUAUUUGUAGAUUGUAAAAGGAUCUCAUUAAUGUUUGUUUAUGGUAGAUAGUGUUUAGAUUUAACAGGUUAUGUUUAUGUAUGGGAGAAAUUCUCAUUUCUCUUGAAUGUUUUUGGUACGUAGACAUAGUGUUAAUUUAGAUUUAAUAGAUUGGUUUCUUUUCUUUUC